AUGGACCCCAGCAACCGCAGGGCCUUGCUGCAAGCACUUGGGCUGGGCAUCGAGUUCGCUUUCCAUGGCAAGGUCAUUGUGAACACGAAGCCGAAGAAGGUAUGGUCUCAAGUCCGGCCGCUUCUACAGGACAUCAUCCACAAGGGAUUGGCCAAAAGCCGAGCAUCACUGCCCAGCUCGAUGGACUCUGGACUUGAGAGAUUGACAGAGAAUCUAUCCAGGGAUGCCCUGACAGCUGGAUCAAUGUCGCCGGGGGAGAAGAGCAUCCUCUUGUGGAUGACAGAACCGUCCGCAGCAUGUGUGCGGAAAUGGUUGACCACCAACCACGCAGUCAAUGCCUGUGACCAUGCCGCUUUCUGUGCAGCUAGGAGCAAGCUUGUCAGCCGAAUGUGCAAAUGCAAGCGGGACCCCACAUCAUGUCCAGUGCACACGGAUGCAUCGGUUAGCCUAUCAGAUUUGGUUUGGUGGGCGUCGGAUGCUAUAUUCGAGCACAUACCAUGUGCCGUCCCUACAUUCUCACUUGCAUUAACCGUGAAAUUUUCUGACAAAGCAUCGCUUGCAGCUUCAAACCAAUGUGUGCCACCGUAUUCGCACUUCCUGUGCAAGGAAGAGAGCGUUGCCGGGGAGCCCUUUUGGGUACCGAACAGUGGAGUGCUGGAGGUGUUGAUCCGCCUGCGGGCGGUCUACCUACUCAGGAUGUUGCAGGGAGCUUUGCAGACAGUGGCUCGUGGUGGAGCUGGCAACAAGGAACCAUGCAAGUUCACAGACUUCGUAGCUGCCAAGCUGGAUAAGGUGUGCCACAUGUUGCUGGCAGCAAUUGAAGCCACAGAUUCCGGAAACACCACAGUGCCCGCUACCAGCAGCACAGACAUCCCGACAUCUGCCAAGCUUGAGGUACUUUUGACAACAGUCGUGGCAGAUGAAAGCGAAUGGGCAACCGCAUGGACCAAGCAUCUGACCAAAUGCUUAUCUCUCAUCGAGUUGGGGUUGGCGUCUGACGAUGAGAUCCGGGACAAGAUGCACGCUAUCCAGCUACAGGAGCUCGGCUUGGACGUGCCCAGCAAGUUUCGCUAUUUGCUAGGAGACAGCGUGAAGUCGGAGGUGGCGAGCCCGGCUGCCAAGAAGGCAAGUGCUGGGUUGCAAGGCGACACGUCUGCCAGCGUCAACGGUGGCUCGGUGACCGGGGUGACUGAGGACUUGUCUGUGAGCUCGGUGUAUGUGUUUCACGAGACAAAGGAAGCGAAGUGGAACGUGCUUGACGUGAUGAGUCUUCAGAUGCAGAUUUCGGCUCACUUGCUUGCGAAAGCGCUAUCUGCCGUGGAACGGACAAGCAUGGAGUGUCUCUACAUCAACUAUGCACAGGGAGCCAAGAAUGCAGUGACGGUUGACAUCAGCCAGAUGGAUGAGAACUUCAGCAUUGCAAUGUUCGGUCAAGUGGUUUUGGACGCAGGUCCAAAGCACUCGCACCUCUUGGCGUCUCGCACACGCAAAGUUUGA